CAGCGGAACACACAGGUCGCGGCGGGUGACGACAUGAACACUUCAGAGGGUGAAAGUUGGGAUUCAGUUAGGCCACUAUAUAACCAUGCACGGUGCUUAUUAUCAGUCCUGCAUUUUUUGUGAAUAUUCGUGAUCUAGUGACAAUUCUUCAUGGAACUAAAAUUCAACAGUGAACUGCGAAUUGAUUUACAAUCUGCGUUCGGGCCCCUUCAGCACGCGGCAUUGUUGGACCGGGCUGAUGACGUCACCGGCGGCCGGGCCAAUGAGGGCGGGCGCGGGCGAGGCGCGGUGUUGUGGUGGCGGGUGAGCCUCGUGACGUCACUCCCAGCUCCGCCAAUAACAUUCGAAGGUGGCAACGGACUGUGAUGGACGCGGGUGUCCCUGGGAACCAUGCCGAGUGCCAGCCGAGUGGGUGUCAACCUCCGAGCCUCAGCGUAUUUACACCAAGGUGACAGGAAGUAUAUGGAAGAUGAGUUCCAGGUGGCCUACCAGAGGACCCACGACAAGAAGGACAUCGAGUACGCCUUCUUCGGAAUCUUCGAUGGACACGGCGGGAAAGAAGCAGCGCAUUUUGCGAAGGAUAACCUAAUGGACAAUAUCGUGAGCCUCCGUGCGUUUUGGUCUGACGACGACGAGGAUGUGUUGGCAGCCAUCAAGGAAGGCUUCCUGCAGACACACAUGGCGAUGUGGAAAGUUCUCGAUCAGUGGCCCAGAACAGCAUCUGGUUGGCCCAGCACCAGUGGUACAACUGCCAGUGUGGCCUUCAUUCGCCGCCAGAAAAUAUACAUUGGACAUGUUGGGGACUCAGGGAUAGUACUUGGCUACGAAGAACCAGGUGGUGAAUGGCAUGGGGAAGCACUUACCAGAGACCACAAACCUGAGAGUGUGGUGGAGAAGGCACGCAUUACUGAAUGUGGAGGCAAAGUUAUCAACAAGUCUGGAGUACCACGAGUGGUUUGGAAUAGACCUAAAUCUGGGCACCAGGGUCCUGUGCGAAGAUCUACUCCCAUGGAUGAGAUUCCCUUUUUAGCUGUUGCUCGUUCCUUGGGAGACCUUUGGAGCUACAAUGCCACCAAUGACCAAUUUGUGGUAUCACCGGAGCCAGAUGUGUGUGUGAUGCCCAUUGACAUCAGUCGGCACCGGUGCCUUAUCUUUGGCACAGAUGGCUUGUGGAAUGUACUGACACCGGAUGCUGCAGUCAGUGUGGCACACCAAGCUGAGCGCAACAACGAAAAGCAUUACCUUGGCGUGCCCAACUCCUGUGGGAAGCAACGUCUGUGGGUGAAUCCUUCGCGGUCAGUGGUGUCGGGUGCUCUAGGACGUUACCUUAAAUUAAACCUCCGUGCCGACAACACAAGUGCGGUGACCGUUUUUCUUGAUCCACCAGGACGCCCCAAAAGAGAGGUUCUGCUGCAGCAGAAGGGAAUGAAAAAAGGAUCUCCUGUUAAACCUGUCACUAAAGCACCUGAGGAAGUACGCAGUCAAGAUGCCUUGGUUCAGGUUCACAUGUACAAUCAGAACCAGGCCAGCAAACAGGAGGGUAACAGAGGUGUUUUGCGUAUAAAAGAGUGUCGCCCUCAGAAAUGGCAAACCAGUCCCCAGGAUGAGAUGGCACGGCAAACUAUUACCCUUCCAGGGUACAGUGAUCAGGCCAUGACCAGGUUAGGUUGUUCUGAGGGUGGAAGUGAUAGUGCACAUUCAGUUCCUAGCACUUCAGCAGACAACACCACAGAUCAUAAUGUUGAGAGUGUUGACUCAAGGGUGGUUGGUACACUUCCAAGUGAUGUGAGGUCACCAACACCACCUUUCCCUGAUUGUGUACCCAGUAUAAUUCCAGUAAGUGAGACAGAGGAAAGACCCCAAAGCAAAUUAGAAAACAGACCAGACAGUAGAACAGAAAGCAGAUUAGAAGAUAAUUCAGAAAAUGAGUCCCCAAGUACCCCAGAAUCCAUACCAGAAAAUACAACCGACACAAGAACAGAUUUGAGACCAUUGCGAGAUGACAUCCAAAUCCCAGUUGUAUCUAGCAGUACUAUUAGCCCAGCAAAUAAACCAGGUGUUAAAGUUAAAGGAAGCUCAGCAGUGACUACACAAGAGAAGGGAGAAGGCAAACGAAGAACACGGUCAAAUAUACAUCAAGCUGGACAUGUUGCUGAAAGUGAGAACAUGGAGCAACACCCCAGGCCUCCCAAUAACAACAAUGAAUGGACUGACCAACACGGGGAGGAGAAGGCUGGCACUAGCUCCAAAAGCAAAAAUUCUAAAGAAAAUACAAAUGUGGAUUCCUCUAAUCGUGUUUUGAAAUCUGUGAACAGAGGCACUCCCGAGUCCAUGGGACGUUCCUCUUCGAAGAGUGUCAUUACCACCAAACGCAAAAGAAAUUCAGAUUUGGAGACUGUGCCACUUGGGGAGCCCACAUCAAAAUCUGCCAGAGUCCAUACUCGAUCACACACCUGGAGCCAUAAAUCCAUGAUAACCAGAAGUCAAGAAAAGACACACACCACCCCAACCAGAACUUCAGCAACUCAUAAAAAGUGAGAUUUUCAAAAAUAUUUUGAAUUGCCAUAUAUUUUUCUUGUUACUAAGUGAUUGAUCUCAUGGAAAAUAAUGGUGGGGUGGUUUACAAUUUUUUGAGGUGCUAAACUGUUGCCUGUUUUAAAAUAAUUGUAAAUGAGACAUGGUCACACUACCUUGGUGAUCACCGUUACAUUUCUCACUGAAAUAAUAGUUUUAAGGGGUAUGCAGACCACUGGCAAAUUGUGUACAGGACUAGGUAUCUGAUUAGAUUCCCAUUGGCAAAAAAAUUUAAGGCGUGCCUUGUCAGAGGAGCCAGUGUGUGUGAAAAAGUACAAUUUCUUAUGACAGAGUUGGAUCAGCCUGACUCGAGCAGGUUUUAAUGGACCAUAAGGAGAGCGUUUGUUAUGAACAUGUUAGAGAGUGUAGAAUUAUUUUUAUAUGUACUAUAGUUUUAUUGAAAUCGGUAACCAGUUUAACCUAAAUUUAUGCUAAGUUUUAUUUUAUCAAAUUCUAGGGGACGAUAAUUUCCUUGUGAAUUUUUUUAAUCAUUUUAUUACUUUCCCCACCCAGUGUGACUGGGAAACUGAGUCAAUGACAAGUAAAAUAAUUUGUAUGGUUUAAGUAUAUUUAUUCAUUUUAAUCUACCUCUCAAUUGCUAUAAUUAAUACUGCUACAAGAUAAAUUUUACACAUACUCGAUCUUGAGUUAUGUUUUUUAGCUGUCACAGAGGUGAACUUCCUCACAAUUAAUAUCAUAUGGGCAGUAUUUUUUAUUUUUAUGAAUAUACAUUUUUAAUAUCUGGGGCUUUUUGAAUUAAUGGUGACGUAACAUUUCCAAGGUAUUAACAUUUUAAGUACCUAUAAAGUUUAGUAUGUUGUGAUACAUGAAGGGGAAAGUGAAGUGAAGGCAGCAUGAAAUUCAAUGUCCAUCAUCAGGUAAACUUCAAAAACAAACCUUUGUGAUUUUAAAAAUUCAUUUAUAUUUGACUUUUUUCAUGGUGGAAGUAAAUUUUAUACACUACAUCUUGCUAAUAGACCGUAUUGGCUAUCAGCUUGCAACGAGGAUGCUUUACUCUUUGUUUACCAAUUUCCCACAGUUUUGGUGUUGUACCGCAGCACCGUGUGUGUAAAACAUAUGUUUAAGACCAGAAAUCUAAAUAACCACACUUUCAGAAAUAAUACUGAUGCAGCAACAAAUUAUACUAGAGUUACUGGAAAGUAAUAUACACCCAUGAACGAAUAUUGAGGAGACUAAACUUCUGAUGUAGCCUCCUGUCGCUCACAAGAGAUACAGGCCUGUGUACGUUCAGCACUCGGUGGUCAUAUAUAUCAUACAUAGACGCAAACCUUUAAACCUACAAGGAAUGAGUAUUAUAUAUUUUUCCUGACCAAUAGUUACUGUGUUUUGAACAUUUGGCUCCAAACAUUAACUUGUAUUCUGCAAUCCCAAAACAAACAAAAAAGAACUUCACUAGGAAAAGUACCUCUUUGACAGUUCUCCAGGUGACUGAGUUAGGUGCUGCGUGUGUAGCCAAUACUGUCUGUUGGGUGUGCCUACUUAUGUUCUUUGUUUUAUUUAUAUUUUAUUUUCCUCCACUAAUUUACUUUGGAUGAGUGAAAGUGACAAGUACAAUUUGCAUUACCAGGGGUCCUUAAGGUAUGUAAUUGUGAUAAAUUGUGAUCAGGAUCAAUUUUAGAAUGUGUUUCCAAAAGCCUUCUUAACUUUUAUGUACUAUUGAUGAAUUGUACAGUGAUGUAAACUCCAGGGUGUAAAUAUAUUGUAUAUAACUGAUUGAUACUC